AUGAGCAGAAAUAGAGGGAAUAAUCCCCAAAUCAACAUUUCCAAGAAGCCGGAUGAUAGCGGUAAGGGAGAGUACACAUCCCAUGGAACAAUCUUUGCUGUUACCAAUGGUACUACCAAUGUACCAGGAUUCUUCAAGCUAGUUCACAAACCUAAUAAAUCACAGGUUACUCUGAAUAGGACACUUGAAGAUAGAGAUGAGAUAAGAGGGGGCUUUAUGGAAGUAAAUUCCAUAUCUGAUGUUAAGGAAGUUUCUGUCUACUACUGGAAUGGUAAUCUUAACGACCCAAUCCUACUUGGAAUUACCAAGGAUGGUCGACCGGAAAAUACCAAGUACUUUAGUAAAGGUAAUAAUGUCCGAAAUUGGAUGAAUGCUCCUAUAGAACAUCUGAAUGAACAACAGGCACUUGAUGAACAGAACUGUUACAAGAAUAAUGCUGUUGUGUUCAAUAUAAGGGACUCUCAAUCAGGUUACCUUCGUGAAAGCUCCAGAGCUACUUGUAUACAGAAGACCAGAAAAAUAAGGAAGUCUAGACCUACUCCCCCUCCUGGAAGUGAAUACAAUGUCACAACCUACAGGUUUGCUGAUAUUAAAUACAACAAUACUAAGUUUACCAAGAUCUCUAGGGUUACUCUUAAUGGAAUAUAUAUUAACGAUAUUUCCCCUCCUCGUGAUGCACUCGAAGGAAUUAGGCUCUACUCAUAUCCAGCUAGUGUGGAUGUACCUCUUAUGAUUGAAUUUAUAAAACAGGGUGGGGGAUCUACUUUUUAUGCGAGUAAAAACGGAAGUGGCGGUAACUGGGUACCAGUUGAUGAAGGAUCACAGAAAUUUUAUUGGUGGUGGUAA